CUAUUGCGCCGCAUGGGAGACAAAUGUCCUAGGUUCUGUCCACACGGCAGUUUAUCCCAGCAUCUGACACGAGCUUUGUGUUGCCAAGGACUCACGCUCACGGUGUGCAUCGUAUGACCAGAAAGCUGCUUCUGGUAUUGUAUCGGUAUCGACCUCCAGGAAUUGGUUCUUUCACCUGUGCCGCAUGUACGGUAGUUCCGGCCGCGUUUUAACUGAAGCUGAGGGUGCGCCAAGAGCCCCGAUGACCUGCAACAAAGGAAGUCUACUUCAUGUUAUUAGUUAUACGAGCCAUGCAGCAAGCCGUAAAGUGGCGGUGGAUAUCACCUAGAGGCCUUGUAGCUUUCGUCGCCUCCCCGUCGUCGCGACAGCCGGAAUGUUGCAAAUUGACAGCUUCCAAACAGCCGCGGUCUGCACCUCGCGUCGCUGUGUACUCGACAACGGUCGACGUGGCUGUAUUUGAUAGACCGACAACCCAUGCGUCGUCCAAGCGCCCUAAAGCGUACAAACUGCAUGACGCCACCUGCGGCAAUGUUGAUGGCCGCUCGGAGGGCCUUGCCGCUGCUGCUUCUUUACUUCCCACGAACCAGCUGAACCAAACUAGCAACCUUAACAUCAAAACAAGCAGCUACAACGCCAACACCAAUGUUCGCAUGCCGCUGCUGCGGACACCGCCAUCGGCCGAGGCAGUCCGUCGUGUCACCGCUGCCGCCGCUGCCACCAACAACAGCAGCGCUUACGGCGUCACCAGUACUUUCGGUUACCCAUCCGCUAUUGCUGAUACCACCACAACAGCUGCUUCUGGCACUUUUGCAGCUGUUGCUACCGCCACAAUAACCACGGCCGCCACUGUUGCCGAGGUCCCUCCUGCCCUCCUUCCGACACGUCAUAUCAUAGCAGCAGUGGACCCCGACUUGAAGGGCGCAAUUGCCGUGCUGUACUGGGAUGAGGAAGCCGGCGAUUCCAGCAAUGCAUUCUACCCAAUCACAGCGCCGCCAGUAGCAGUACCAGCAUCGGCUUCAGCCGCCCCGGAAGCAGACCAGGGCUUGGGUGAAGCGCAGGAGGAGGAUGAGUUGGAUAACCAGGACUUGCCGCUGGAUGCAGACCAGGAGGCUAUUGUCGGCGGCCACGACGGCGACGAUGAAGGUACAGGCCCCCAGCUAUGGCUGCCCGCGCCUCCGCCGCCUCCCGCCGACCGCUCCCGUUGGAAGGUGCAUGUGUGGGACAUGCCCAUCAGUGCAGCUGAGCGGCAGAAGCGGACUGCCAGCGGGCAGGUUUCUCGACGCAGGCUGGUCCACGUUGCGGGUGCUCGUGCGGUGCUGGCUCGCGCGCUCAGCUGCGCGCUGCCGCCCCUGGGUGAGGCCCGCCGAGUGGCGCUGUACGGCUACGUGGAGGUGCCGCCCAUCCUGCCGGGGGACGGCAACCUGGCAGUGUAUGCAAGCCUGUGGAGUACGGGCGUGUGGCUGGGUCUCAUGGCCGGCAUGGGCUUCACGGUUGGUUCCACGCCGGUACGGCGCUGGAAGACGGACAUGGGGCUGUUUGGCGCGCGCAGCAAGGACGCCAGCCUGCUGCUGGCACGCAGCUUGUUCCCCGAACAGGAAGCCAUUCUCAGGCACAAGAAGAACCACGGCCGGGCGGAUGCGCUCCUCAUCGCCGCCUGGGCCCUGGGUGCCGGCCUGCCUCGCAGCCUGGCCAACACACUGCGUCGCAACGGGUGGACGUUGGAUGAGCUGAUGAGCCGGCACCCGGAGGUGGCGGGGCUGGAGUGGGGCAUGCCGCGGCCGCCGGCGCCGACGGACGCGUACGGCAACCUGCUGACGCCUGAACAGGACAUGAUGGAUGAGAUCGAGGCGGCCGAGGCCAAGGUGGACCGCAAGGCGCAGGAGCGCAGCAGCAAGACGACGACGACGGCGCGGCGGCGGAAGAAAGCGACAGCAGAUGACAGUUCUAACGAGAAGGGCAGCGGCAGCAGCGAACAAGCUGCUGCGGGCGGGGAACAAGAACUGGCUCCGCCGCUGCGACGGAAGGGGAAGACGAAAAAGGCGGCAGCAGCAGUUGCAGCUGCGGAGGAAGGAGAGGGACCGGGUAAGCGCCGUACGGAGGAAGAGGGAGAAAGAGACGGGGAAACUCAGGCAGCGGUUGCCCAUGAGACGGCAGCGGUGGGUGAGGAGGGAGUAGGAGGAGUACAGAAGGAGGAGAAGAAGAGGUCGCGUGGCAGGCCGCGACGGGAGGCUGGGGCGAAGGCUGCUGCUGCUGCUGUUGGCGGCACCGACUCGGCCGUUGUGGUGGAUAGGGAGGGGAAGGAGGAGGAGGGUGCAGUGACUGGGGCUGGAGAGGUGGAGAAGGGAAGCAGGAGGCGAGGACGGAAGAAGAAACAGCAAGGAGGGGAGGAGUAGCGAGGGGAUAAAGGUGGUGCGUGAAGGGGUGCCAGGAUGGGGAUAGGGCAGCACGCUAGCACUCGGGGUAGCGGAUUAGCAAGGAAGGGGGGUGAGCCUGUACGGCUGGGUGCGCCAUCCCUAGGUUGCUUGCUUGUGGCCGGCUUUGUUAUGUAUUUAUUUGAUCGAUGUGUUACGAGUUAGCAUGGCCUGCAGUAAGAUGCAUAUAACAGCACCAUCACGACUAAAGACGUUACAGUGCGGAUGACUUACUGGGAAUGGAUCACGCGUUACCCGCAAGUAUACAACUGGCAGGUAACCCUGUUCACGUUAUUUUCUUUUUAUCGUACCCGUAUUAUUUCCAUUUGAGAGCUGUAGAAAGGAUUCCGGGGCUUUUAACGCUGAGCGCGAUUACGGUGAGUGCUCAUAGACGUGUGGGCUCCGCACCACUCAUUGUUUCUACGUGCUUACCACUUCUUGCAUUAUGGCAAAUUACUAGCCCUGUUUCCAUGGGCGCAGGUUUGGUUUCGGACAGUUCCUACGUGUUUCCAUGAGGACUGUCGUACGAAAUUUUCACGCAGGAACUCCCUAUUUUCCUACGGCGCCUCCCCCCUCGUAGGAAAAUAGGAAGCCAUAGGACGGCGUUAGCUGCCGUAAAAGUGGAGCGAGUGGAGCGCAGCCGGAGCGGAGCAUCGCCUUUGGUUAAAGCCUCUAGCUUUUACUUGUUGCUCUUUUUGCCUUGCUUUACUUGUCGCGCGUAUUGCCUUCACGGCCCUCAUUCCUGACUUCUAGAGCGGUUGGAAUAUGAGCGUAUGGCGUGGCAAGGAAAUUUAAAGCGAGCAUCGAUCUGAACCUUGCGUGGCCUGAGUCUUAUGUCCGAAUGCUCGGUUACUGCGAACUGAGCAUUUCUAUGCAUAUUAAGAGC